CCAACAGACAACAGCCACUUGCCAGACAGCAUCCAAGAACAAGACCCUGUUACCACUUCAAGCAAUGAUUGCCUACGUAAUGAUGAGGAAUUGGGAAUUGAACAAGAAAAUGGCAUUUGUGAUAAUGACCUGGAUAAUAGUGUUGAGGUUCCCAGCUUUGCCAGCCAGCCAUCUACUUCCAUGACUGUUCCUUUGGAGGUGUCCAGAAGAGGACAACCCAUUUUACAGAUCAACAGGCAGCAGAUUCAGUCCAUCUCAUAUAGUGCACAGGCUGCUGAGCUCAAAGGUUUAGGAGUUGAUGUCUAUGACCAGGAUGUAUUGGAGCAAGGAGUUCUUCAGCAAGUAGAUAAUGCAAUUAAUGAAGCGAAUAAAGCAACAAAAAUAGCUGAUGCAGAGAAAGAAUAUCGGUCAGUGUUGGAUGACUUAAGAUCAUGUACAACAUCUCUGAAACAAAUAAAUAAAAUUAUUGAGCAACUUUCACCUCAAGCUGCCGACAACAAAGAUAUAAACAGAAAACUAGAUUCUGUAAAACGGCAAAAAUAUAACAAGGAACAACAGCUAAAGAAGAUAAAAGCAAAACAAAAGCGCCUCCAAGCAAUUCUUGGUGGAACAGAGAUUCUUGAUAAAUUGGGGCUGUUCAGCCUGGAGAAGAGAAGGCUGCAACCUGGUCCAUCAUGUCUUGGCAGUAUGCUUAUGCCGGUUCAGGAAACAGAGUGGGAAGAGCUUAUUCGUACUGGUCAAAUGACUCCAUUUGGAACUAAAAUACCUCAGAAGCCAGAGAGGAAAACACGACAAUUAAUGCUAAAUGAAGCAUCUGAUUUUGAAAAGUACUUAGCAGACCAAGCUAAGCUGUCGUCUGAAAGAAGGAAAUUAUCCCUUCACAAACGAGCAAAGAAGAAAUUACAAGCCAAAAGCGUCCAGUGCAUAGCUCCCACAUCUACUACAAAGGAAAAAGGGGGUAAAGCUCUGUCAAAAACAGAUAAGCGCUUAAAAAAACACCUUAGAAAACUUCAGAAGCAUGCCCUUCAAAUUCAGUCAAAGGCAGAGAUUCCGAAAGAAAAGAAAUAUCCUGAGACCAAAAAGUCCAGGCAUGAACAGGAGGAGGAUGAUAGUGGAGAAUCCGAGUAUGUACCUGAUGAGGAGCUUUUUGAUCCAGAAGCAACAGAAGAGGAAGAAAAGCAGGCAUCUUCUCAUGCUGAGAAUGAUUCUGAUUAUGAACUCAGGAAUUUGCCAAGAAAAAGAAAAUCUUUGGUAAAGAGAGAUUUUAAAGAAGCUGAAGAUGAUGACUUCAUUCUAAGCUCUGAGGACGAAGAGCUUACACCGAAGAAACGCAAAGUAAAGAGAUGGAGAGAUGAUGGAGAUGGAGACUAUUAUAAACAGAGGCUAAGGAAGUGGCAAAAAGAACAUUUGAAGGACAAAGAACAUCAAGCAGCUGAAGAACUUUCUGAAGAAAGUGACACUGAAUUUGAAGAGGGUUUCAAAGUACCAGGAUUUCUCUUCAAAAAGCUUUUUAAGUACCAGCAGACAGGUGUUAGGUGGCUCUGGGAAUUGCACUGCCAGCAGGCAGGAGGAAUUCUGGGAGAUGAGAUGGGAUUGGGCAAGACCAUCCAGAUAAUUGCCUUCUUGGCAGGUCUGAGCUACAGCAAGAUCAGGACUCGUGGUUCAAAUUACAGGUACCAGGGAUUGGGUCCAACAGUGAUUGUUUGUCCAGCAACUGUGAUGCAUCAGUGGGUAAAAGAAUUCCACACUUGGUGGCCUCCAUUUAGAGUUGCCGUUCUCCAUGAAACUGGUUCUUAUACCAACAAAAAG